CCCGGGGAGGUCCUUUCUGGGCCCCCGGCGGAGGUGGAGGAGAGGCCAGCAAGAGCCAAGGCCAGGGAGCCCUCAGCGUCAGCUGCUCACUGCGCCGCGCCAGUACCAGCCGGGACUCACCCGCAGCUCCAUGCUUGUGCCCGGCUCGACUCGUCCAUCGUGUGAGAAGAAGCAGCCCAUGAGGCUCCCAGUCCCCAGUGAGUGCAGCCCUGAAGGAUGUCCCAGCUCUCCUCCACUCUGAAGCGCUACACAGAAUCGGCCCGCUACACAGAUGCCCCUUAUGCCAAAUCAGGCUAUGGCACCUACACUCCCUCGUCCUAUGGGGCCAACCUGGCUGCCUCCUUCCUGGAGAAAGAGAAGUUUGGUUUCAAGCCAGGCCCCCCAACCAGCUUCCUCACCCGUCCCCGUACUUAUGGCCCUUCCUCCAUCCUGGACUAUGACAGAGGCCGCCCCCUGCUGAGACCAGACAUCAUCGGGGGUGGAAAGCGGGCAGAGAGCCAGACUCGGGGCACUGAGCGGCCUUCAGGGAGUGGACUCAGCGGGGGCAGUGGAUUCCCUUAUGGAGUAACCAACAACUCCCUCAACUACCUGCCCAUGAAUGCCCGCGACCAGGGGGUAACCCUGACCCAGAAGAAGUCAAACAGUCAAUUAGACCUGGCCAGAGAUUUCUCCAGCCUGCGGACCUCAGAUAGCUACCGGAUAGACCCUGGGAACCUGGGCCGUAGCCCCAUGCUCGCCCGCACGCGCAAGGAGCUGUGUGCCCUGCAGGGGCUCUAUCAGGCAGCCAGCCGCUCCGAGUACCUGGCCGACUACCUGGAGAACUAUGGUCGCAAGGGCAGUACACCUCAGGUGCCCAUCCAGGCCCCUUCCUCACGAGUCCCUGAAGUCCUCAGCCCCACCUACCGACCCAGUGGCCGUUACACUCUGUGGGAGAAGGGUAAAGGCCAGGCCCCUGGGCCCAGCCGCUCCAGCUCCCCAGGGCGAGACACCAUGAAUUCUAAGAGCGCCCAGGGUCUGGCUGGUCUUAGAAACCUUGGGAAUACGUGCUUCAUGAACUCCAUUCUGCAGUGCCUGAGCAACACCCGGGAGCUGAGAGAUUAUUGCCUGCAAAGGCUCUAUAUGAGGGACCUCAGCCACAGUAGCAGUACACACACAGCCCUCAUGGAAGAGUUUGCAAAACUAAUCCAGACCAUAUGGACUUCAUCUCCCAAUGAUGUGGUGAGCCCAUCUGAAUUCAAGACCCAGAUCCAGAGAUACGCACCGCGCUUUGUCGGCUAUAAUCAGCAGGAUGCUCAAGAGUUUCUUCGCUUUCUUCUGGAUGGGCUCCACAACGAGGUGAACCGAGUAACAGUGAGGCCCAAGUCCAACCCUGAGAACCUUGAUCAUCUUCCUGAUGAUGAGAAAGGGCGACAGAUGUGGAGGAAAUACCUAGAACAGGAAGACAGUCGGAUUGGGGAUCUCUUUGUGGGGCAGCUAAAGAGCUCCCUGACGUGUACUGAUUGUGGUUACUGUUCUACAGUCUUUGAUCCCUUCUGGGACCUCUCGCUGCCCAUUGCUAAGCGAGGUUAUCCUGAGGUAACUUUGAUGGACUGCAUGAGGCUCUUCACCAAAGAGGAUGUGCUUGAUGGCGAUGAAAAGCCUACAUGCUGUCGCUGCCGAGCCAGGAAACGGUGUAUAAAGAAGUUCUCCAUCCAGAGGUUCCCAAAGAUCUUGGUGCUUCAUCUGAAGCGGUUCUCAGAAUCUAGGAUACGAACCAGCAAGCUAACAACAUUUGUGAAUUUCCCUCUAAGAGACCUGGAUUUGAGAGAAUUUGCCUCAGAAAGCACCAACCACGCUGUUUACAACCUGUAUGCUGUGUCCAAUCACUCCGGAACCACUAUGGGCGGCCAUUAUACAGCCUACUGCCGGAGUCCAGUGACAGGCGAAUGGCACACUUUCAAUGACUCCAGCGUCACACCCAUGUCCUCCAGCCAAGUGCGCACCAGCGACGCCUAUUUGCUCUUCUACGAAUUGGCCAGUCCACCCUCCCGUAUGUAGCCACAAGGAGCUACAUCGCUUUCUUUCUUGCCCGUGGUGGCCCCACAACCUGUUUUUUUUUGUUUGUUUGUUUGUUUUGUUUGUUUUUUUAAGACAAAACAAAAACAAAAACAAAAACUGACAAAUGAGAGAAAAAUAAACUAAAGCUGCCGAGCAGGAGUUGCUGCAGCCUGCCUGGUCAGGGUCUGGAGCGGGAAGCCAGGUGCUCCUGAGCUACACCUGGCAGGGAAGAUCAACAAGACAUGGAGACUGGAGCCAGCACAGUGACCCCUCGGCUUCUAUUGUUUGCAUUUUUAAGCUUGUGGUUUUUUCCUGAGUGUAAUAAACAACAGCAGCCUUUGGGAGAAGAUCUUUGUCCACUUGCUGUGGGCUGCAGCCGGCGCCCCGCUCCUCUGGAGAAGACAGCGCCCUCUGGAGCCCGAUGAGAGGAUCUCUGCCGGGAAGCUCCUGCGCCAGAGCCGAGCACCGGGUCUUCACAUGGACCCUGUUUACUGGUCCAGAAGCAAGAAAAACAACUAUGAGCCAAGAGCCAUCUUAACGCUGCUAACUCCAGGGGGACAGACCAGGGGACACCUUUGAAAGAAAAGGUGUUUUUUGUUUUUAAAAGCCCACCUUUUUUUUUUUUAUUGUCAUAACUAAAGUUUUCAGACUGGAGAUGCUCUCCUUCACACCUCUUCACAACUGAGAUGUGUGCUGGUCAUUUUUUUUUAAUUCUUCAAAUACAACUUUUCUAAUGCUAGCCCCCAGUGGUGCUAGGUAGGUGUUGUCCAGGCCCCAAGCACAGCCACCUGGGAUCUAACAAGUUUUUUGGUUUUUAGGGGUUUUUUUCAAUGUUUUGGAUGGAAUCUAGCUGCCUCUAAGAAUUGUGCCUUAUAGUAUUUGGGGACCAGGGGGUAACUGCCCCUCCCUGAAAUAUCCCUCAGCCUCUUCCCUUUUCCCCAGUGCCAUGUUCAAACUGGCUGGGAGAGAUGGGGGUUAUGCCCUUAGCCCCUGGCCUGUUUGCAUUGCAGUGAGAUGAAAAGGGGAGUAGGUAAAAGGAGAUUUCUUACGAUAGUGUAUCAAGUUCUUCUGCCCACUUCCUCUAACCCACCCCUGGUCUACUCCCCGGCUGUUUAAAGGAUAGCAUAAGCCCCUUAUCCCUAGAGCUUCUCUCACCUUUAAUUUAUCCCUCGUCAUGUACUUUUUCUCCCUGACCUUCUCCACCUCAGAGCCUCCUGGACAUAGGCCCUAUGGACCGAGUUUCUCAGGGAUGCCCACGCUGCCCCUCAGCUUCCCUUAGCACCAGUCUUUAGUUCUACCCUGGGAGCUGGGACCUGGGUAUUUUGAGACAUCUUGCCUCAGCCCUGUGAUUCUUUCCCAUGGGCAUGAUUUUGCCCUAAGUAGUUGGGCAAAAUUCUGUGCUGUCCAAGAAAGUAAAGCUGUUCAGCACUGAGGCAAGGAGCUCGACCCAUGGAGCUCUUUGCACCAGCACAGCUGGCCUGGCUUGUGCCUCAGAGCCUGGAGCUUUCUAGUGCUCCCAGGAGGAGGCAUCAGAGAAAGACACCCCGAGUUUAACUGGCCUGACACCCUUCUCCAGGGAAGACCUAUGAACCUGAGCCAAAGGGCUGGUGUACACUUGUUUACUGUGUAAGCAAGAGUAGAAGAAUGUCUAAUGUACAUUGGAACCUUGUACAGAAUAAAUAAUAGCUUUGAGAAAUA